GAUCGCCUAAGAUCCUGGACGGGAUCAGUCCUCUCCUUUACUUCGUCUGUUCAUCUUCUUCGUAUAUAUACUUCCUUUCAGGUGUAGAUACUAUUAUACAAACAUGUUCUUCACCAAAGCUGUUGGUGGCCUUGGCCUCCUCGCGAGCCUCGCGUCAUCUGCCCCCAACCCCAUCGCUCGCAGACAAGCACCCGGUGCGCAGAACGUCGUCUACUGGGGCCAAAAUGGCGGAGGCACAGUUGAAAACAAUGAUCUAUCGGCUUACUGUACCCCGACCUCGGGUAUUGAUAUCAUCGUCCUUUCAUUCCUCUACCAGUGGGGACAGGGAUCAUCAGCCCUGGGCGGCACGAUUGGACAAUCUUGCGGAAUCACUACCUCCGGCGAGCCGCAGAAUUGUGACGCUCUUACAGCAGCUAUAACAAAGUGCAAAACUGCCGGCGUCAAGAUAAUCUUGUCUCUGGGCGGUGCCAGCGCCUUCUCCAGUUUCCAAACAGCAGACCAAGCCGCCCAAGCUGGUCAAUACCUUUGGAAUGCCUAUGGUGGUGGAUCUGGGGUGACCCGUCCUCUCGGUAACAACGUCAUGGACGGCUUUGACUUAGAUAUUGAGAGCAACCCUGGCACCAACGAGAAUUAUGCUGCCCUGGUCAGCGCUCUUCGAUCCAACUUUGCUAGCGAUCCUUCUCGCCAAUACGUCAUUUCCGGAGCCCCUCAGUGUCCAUUGCCUGAGCCUAACAUGGGAGUCAUCAUUCAGAAUGCCCAGUUUGACUAUCUCUGGGUUCAGUUCUACAACAACAACGAGUACCCCGGCGACCCGUGCUCUCUUGGCCUCCCUGGAGAUGCCCCCUUCAACUUCAACAACUGGACCACCUUCAUUCAGUCCACGCCAUCAAAGGACGCAAAGGUGUUCGUUGGUGUUCCUGCGGCUCCUCUGGCAGCGAACGGCGCCCCGAGUGGCGAGGUGUACUAUGCCACUCCUUCCCAGCUGGCUGACAUUGUCAAUGACGUGAAGAGCAACCCGGCCUUUGGUGGCAUCAUGAUGUGGUCCGCGGGCUUCUCGGAUACCAACGUGAACGACGGCUGCAACUAUGCUCAGGAAGCGAAGAAUAUUCUUUUGACCGGCUCUCCUUGCUCGUCCGGUCCUGUCAGUGUCUCACGACCGCCAGUGUCGAGCCCUACCAUCACUUCUUCGCCUCCAGGAACCAGCCCAGCUCCCCCCUCACAAACAGGGUCAGUCCCUCAAUGGGGCCAGUGCGGCGGCAAUGGAUACACGGGACCUACGCAGUGUGUUGCUCCUUUCAAGUGCGUCGCCACCUCGGAAUGGUGGUCACAAUGCGAGUGAGCCAAAGGAAAGACGCUGCGAGUGAAUUAAAGGCAAAAUAACCACGCCCGAAGCGCAAUGGUAGAAUUCAAGCUAUCAAAAUGCCUUGACCAGGCCUUAUGGGAAGUCCAAAGUGACGAGGCUUCAGACUUAUCAAGUUCUUGUACAUAGAUUUUCUCUACCUAGGUACCUACGAAUACG